CCCCGUCCCGCGCCCGCCCGUCCCGCGCUCCGGGCCAUGGCCGGUCUCGGCCGCCCGGCCCUCGUCGUGCUGUGCACGGUGCUGAGUCUGUGUGGAGCUGCAGCCCAGAAGGCAGACUGUGCCAGGUGGUGUCCUCCGAACUCCAAGUGUCUCAGUGCCGACACCUGCCGCUGUGAUGCGGGAUUCAGUUCAGUCGAGGAGCUCAUCACCAGCCCUGACGGCAGCUGUGACGACAUCAACGAGUGUGCACCACCUUUGAGGACGUACUGUGGGAAGUUUGCGGACUGCGAGAACACGGAAGGGAGCUAUUACUGCACGUGCAGCCCAGGAUAUGCACUGGAGUCUGGGGACAAAAUAUUCAGGAACGAGAGUGAGAACACGUGUCAAGACGUGAACGAAUGCAUCUCCGGCCACCACAGCUGCCACAGCUCCGCCCAUUGCCUCAACAAAGCCGGCCGGUACGAGUGCCGCUGCCGACGCGGCUGGAGGCCGGUCCUGAGAUCCCCCGAAGGCCCAACGCACACCCAGUGUGAAGACGUGGACGAGUGCCGCUCCGGACAGCACCGGUGCCACAGCUCCGCCGUCUGCGUCAACACCGUGGGGUCCUACAGGUGCCGCUGCCCCCCGGGCUGGCGGCCGCUGCCGGGGAGGACCGCGUGCGCAGAGGUCGCCUUCCCCGCCUGGACGGCGCCCCCCGGAAUCCACAGCCCGGCUCUGGCCGCCUUCUUGGAGGAGAUGCAGAAUCUGACCAGAGACUUCCAGCCACACACAGCCCGGGACACAGAGGAUGCCAUCCAGAAUCUCAUCAAGGCUCUGGAUGGGCUGCUGGAGGCUCCCGGGGACAUGGAGAGGUUGGACUUGCCUGCUCGGCACCGCAUUGCCACCCAGCUGCUCCUGGGCAUGGAGGGCACGCUGAGGUCCCUGGCCCAGGCCUUGCCCUCAGGUUCCUUCAACUACACCUCCGGCUCCAGCACAGCGUUGUUCCUGAUGGUCCAGGAGCAGCAGCAGCAGCAGCAGCAGCCGGCUGGUAACACCACCAUCGGCCAUGGCCAGGCCCGGAUGACGCUCAGCUGGGCUGUAGCCACUGGAAAUGAACCGUCUAGAAAUGGCCCUACCGUGGCAGGCAUCCUGUCCAGCCAGAACAUGAAGAACUGGCUGACCAACAGCUCCUUAGACCUGGAAGGGAGGCUGGCCUCGCUGGAGGAGACCUACGAGAGCCCUGUGCUGGGCGUACAGUUCAGAUUUCUCUCCAGCAUCAAUUCUGUGUUUUUGACCAACACGAAGACAGGGGAACUCGCCUACCCGGUCACCUUCAACUUCUCACACUCCGUGAGUCAGCGGGAGAUGCCGGGGCCUCGGGACGAGGUCAUCUGUGCUUUCUGGAAAGGGGAAGACGGCAACAGGAGUGGACACUGGUCCACGGAAGGCUGCCGGAAGGUGGACAGUAAGGAUGGCAUCACCAUAUGCCAGUGCCGGCACCUGAGCAGCUUCGCCAUCCUCAUGGCUCACUACCACAUCCAGGACCCGAGGCUGGCACUGAUCACCAAGGUGGGGCUGUCGCUGUCCCUGGUCUGCCUGCUGCUCUGCAUCCUCACCUUCCUGCUGGUACGCUCCAUCCAGAGCUCGCGCACCACCGUGCACCUGCACCUGUGCCUCUGCCUCUUCGUGGGCUCCGCCUUGUUCCUGGCGGGCGUGGAGAACAACGCGGAAGGCGGUGAGGUGGGGCUGCGCUGCCGCCUGGUGGCCGCGCUGCUGCACUACUGCUUCCUGGCCGCCUUCUGCUGGAUGAGCCUGGAGGGCCUGGAGCUCUACUUCCUGGUGGUGCGCGUGUUCCGCGGCCAGGGCCUGCGCACGCGCUGGCAGUGCCUGCUGGGCUACGGCGUGCCGCUGCUCGUCGUGGCCGUGUCGGCCGCCGUCUACAGCGAGGGCUACGGCCGCCCCAGCUACUGCUGGCUGAGCCUGAAGCGGGGCUUCCUCUGGAGCUUCGUGGGCCCGCUGGCCUUCAUCAUCCUGUGCAACGCGGUCAUCUUCGUGACCACCGUGUGGAAGCUCGCGCAGAAGUUCUCGGAGAUCAACCCCGACAUGAAGCGGCUGCGGAGGGCGCGCGUGCUCACGGUCACGGCCGUGGCGCAGCUGGUGGUGCUGGGCGGCACGUGGGUGUUCGGCCUGUUCCUCUUCGACCCACACAGCAUGCCGCUGUCCUACGCCUUCUCGCUGCUCUCGGGCCUGCAGGGGCUCUUUCUCUUCCUGCUGCUCUGCGUGCUCAACAAGAAGGUGCGGGAGGAGUACCGCCGGUGGGCCUCCGCCGUGGUUGAGGGCAAGUACUCGGAGUUCGGCUCUUCGCACUCGUCCAGCACGGGCUCCAGCCAGCAGACGCGGGCCCUGAGGUCGUCGUCGUCGGGCUGUGACUCCCGGUGCGGGCCUCGUUGCAGCCUGGGCGGCGGCCAGGCCCCCAGGACCCCCGCGUCCUGCCACUGCCCGGCCUGGGAGACGGACUGGCCCCGGGCGCACGGGGAGACUGAGGCCGAGGCGGCGCCGCCGGGGCGCUGGCCGCCGCUUUCUUAAGCUAGGACUCAGCCGCUGAGGCUCACGGUACGAGGCCGCGGCCCGGGAAGGCGGGCGUGGCGGGCCCUCUCUGCGGUGUGCGGUGAAGGUGCACCGCGCCUGGUACAGGCCCGGCCGCGGACAGUGUGGACGCGGAGGAGACCACAGGAGACCACGGGGCCGGGCUUCCAUAAUAAAAAUUUAUUCGUACACAAAUCUA